GGUACAAGUUUCUUUUCGAAGACAUUAUAUUAGCCAGAAAUCGGAAGUCUAUAGAAUUUAUGUACGCCUUGUAAAUAUCUGUUUUAUUGUACCCGUGGUACGCUGCUCUUCACAUUUCUUAGCAUUGUCGUACAGGGUAAAAAUUUGAAUUCACACAAAAUUGGAUUGUUUAAAACAACAUUAGGUUUGCUGCCUUUGAAUCCAUGAUGCUACACAGAUCAUUGACUGGAGUGCUAGGGCUUGGCAAACAGUCAAAAAGUAAAUGGCGUAACUUUCUACCUGCCUUCCUGAGCACUAAGUCAGAUAAUAUAGAAGAUAUGCAGAACACUCUUGGUCAACAAGUAUGGAAUGCCUCUAUUAAAAAGUUUCAAGAUUUAGGUUUCUCAUUAAAACAAAGUACCAGUAUGCUCUUCAAUAAUCCUGCACUGUCAAGUUACCCAGCCGAACGUCUAUGCCACCAUUUUGAAGUACUUAGCUCAAUUGGGUUUAAAACAGAAGAAAUUAGAGAUGUGCUUGCCCGUGAACCAAAAAUUUUUGACCGUGACUUUCAAGUACUUAAGAGGAAUCAUUCAAACCUGUUGAGACAAAUGGGUGAUCAUCAAGGAAGAAUUGCAGCCAUUGGUGCCCCCAAUACUCUGAUUGACAAUAGUUUCAUUACUAACCAGAAAAUUGACUAUUGCAUCAUGGAGAUGAUGAUGAACAAACCAAAAAUAGCCAAAUCAAGAAUCCUUCAGUGUUCUUACAGCUUGAUUAAAACUCGGCACAUGUUCGCAUACCGUUCAGGCUUAUAUAAGAAAAUCGACCCGAAGAACAAAGAGGGAUUGAUAAAUAAUCCAAGUAUCCCUGACCUAUUCUUUUGUUCAGACGAGAUAUUCCUCACUCUUUUCAAAGGCUUUACUAUUGAAGACUAUGUCGUUUUUGAUUCCUUGAUGACGAGCGAAGAAGAUCACAUAAGUGAUGAAGAUGAAAUGGAUUCAAACGAUCACACCGAUGGAGAUAAUUCAGAGGAUGAAAAAGAUUCAGGCGGGAGCUAUAAAAACAGAUACUCUGCGCGACGUAACAAAUAAACUCUGUUUUGUAUUGAAAGGUAGAAGAAAUAUGCACAUUCAUGUUUUACGAAGAUGUACAAGAAAGGGUGAAACGCAAUAGUUACUCAAAGUUUGGACAAUGGAGAAGAAAUUUUUCGGGGGAUAGAAAGAAUGCUUUUCCCUAAUUAUUUCUCGUUUAUUGAGGCAGCAAAGCGUGUGCCAGGUUUCUGUGGCUUAUGAAUCUUCAAAUAGGCAACAGAUUUCCUAUGGUUUUUUUGCUGAUGAUGUUGAAGGACCAAUUUCUUUCCCGGCUUCGUCGGGCGGUUUUCCUUCGCCCCUCUCCUGUUCUCGGGUUGCGAGUGGUGGGCAGGAGUUGGCGUUUUAGCAGUUUGGUGAGGGAUAGUAGAACCUUUACGGUGUGCCGGAGCUGAACUUUUGCUUGAGGUCGUCCGCCUGUUGGUAGCUUCGGUAGUUGGGGACGAGUGAAUUGCCCUCCGAUGUCGACCGGCCACUUCGAAUCCUUCCUCCACUGAAAUUGAUAAUGAAAAACGUUACAUACGAAGGCACAUAAUUUUUUUCUCUGGUUUUAGUACGUUUACCUAACGCUACUGGGAGUGGAUGCCAGGACUCUUCCAUAGGCCACAAGAAAACAGGCAACCACAAAUUACCUUAGAGCACUUCUUUCACUGGAGGUACAGUGUCUGAAAGACGAAGUAUCCCAAAAACAUCAACUUCCAGAAAUGAAACUGCUGUGUGUUGUCCAAGGCCUUAUAUGUGCAUGCUGACAGACGAAAGGCCGUCUUUGUUCAUUGGCUAAAACACAACUCAGAGCUCUUGUUACGAAAAUGAAAGAGAAGAUAGGAGAUCAUUGGAAGAAAAGAUUUGGUAGGGGAACCCCACUUUGAAACGUCUCGGCCCGUUUUUCCUUUUUGUCUGGAUAGACAUUCAGUACCUUUAUACUGAUGCCUUGACAUUUAUAUGGGUGACCGUGUUUUGUUAUUAACAAUAAUUGACGUUAAAAGAAAUCCAUAUAAUAAAGGUGAAUUCCUCUACGUAAUUUAGGUUCUCCGUGGAGACUGCAUAAAAGAAGUUAACUUCCAACCUAAAGGUGAAUAGCACGUAUAAGUCUCCUUCAGGGAAAGUUGAAGGUUUCAAGUGAUAGUGGGUGUGACACUCAUUCUCGCCGAAUAGAAAGAAAGAAAGGCGUCUACGCUUUCAGUCAGCGUGAAGUCGUAACCAUAGACGACGAUUGAAGUCUGGAAAAAUAAUUUGAUAGCACUACUGGAAUCAGAUACAUUCGGAAACCAAAACAUAGAGGUACUACUGAUAUCAGAAGAUUUAAAGAUAAUGAACGUCAACAGCACUCUUACGAAAGAGGAAGUUAUUAGGUGCAUUGUUAAAUGCGUCGUGACGGAGAUAGAAAAAAAUUCAUUCAUUCCGUUGAGACGUUACAUCUGGAGAAUGCUGCGCGACCCUGGCGCGAACGCAAAGUCAAAGCGGCUCUGGCAACAAGAAGCUAGACUACACAAGUAAGCGGAAUGGGUCACCUUGCAUUAGCCAUUCACGUUGCCCGUGCACAAAGUCACGUCCUUGGAGUUCGUUAUCCCGUUCUCGCUUUAAAUAGAUAACUCUGUAAACAAACUUGUAGUGGAUAUUCAGGCGCAGCAGCGGUCAGACGUGACUUACCAAGCAAGCCCGCAACUAUUAGUUUAAUGCUGGGUACUGCGAGAAAA